CAUUCUGGGGGGGUGACUCUGGUAUGAAACCUGUGCGUCUUGACGCGUAUUGCUCCUGCUUUCGUCUCCGUGCAGCAGCAAUCAUUUAAGAGCAGAGACACUUCAGUGCAGAUGUCGCGCUGGGGUGGUGACCACCACCAGACGCCCAGGGUCCCUCUCAAAUGACAUCUUGGUUUUUAGGGGCGACCAUUGACGCGACGCGUCCGUGGUUGUUUGUGACCCCCCUCUCUUUCACGGAUGAGUGAGUCUUCUGUGUGUGUGUGUGUGUCUGCGCACGGAAGCCCCGCCUCCUACUCUGCUCCGCUCCGCGUCUGUAUCAACCCCCUUUAGCAUUCACGAUAGCCUUGUAAUCGUUGAUCUCAAAUCAAGCACCGUGAGCACUGUGGCACCCAAAAGGUGAAGAAAACAAACAAAAAAAAGACACGAUGGAGUAGUGCGCGCGCACACCCGCCAAAGCAGCAGCCUCACGCGUUUUCUUUGAUGGAUUCACAUUUUCACUGGAUUAUUCAUUCAUUGCACGAUUGAGAGUCGGAGCGGAGCCAUCGCCAUGGCAUCAGAUAACAUGCAGCGCAGCUAUUCCGUCAUCCCCUGCUUCAUCUUCGUCGAGCUGGUCAUCAUGGCGGGGACGGUCCUGCUGGCCUACUACUUCGAGUGCACGGACACGUUCGGCCUCCACAUCCAGGGCUUCUUCUGCAACGACGCUGACCUGCUGAAGCCCUACCCCGGCGGGGAGGAGAGCAGCUUCAUCCCCCCCCUCAUCCUCUACUGCGUGGUGGCCGCCGUCCCCACUGGUGUGAUCUUCGUCGGGGAGAUGUCCAUGUUCAUCAUGAAGUCCACCCGCGAGGCGCUACUGGUCCAGGAGAAGACCCUGAUCACGGGGGAGUGCUGCUACCUCAACCCCCUCAUACGCAGAAUCAUCAGGUUCAUCGGUGUCUUCGCCUUCGGCCUGUUCGCCACAGACAUCUUCGUCAACGCCGGCCAGGUGGUCACAGGCAACCUGGCGCCCUACUUCCUCAGCGUGUGCAAGCCCAACUACACGGGCACAGAGUGCCGCUUCAACCACCAGUUCAUCACCAACGGCAACAUCUGCACCGGCCACCAGGGGGCGGUGGAGCGCGCCAGGAGGUCCUUCCCGUCCAAAGAGGCGUCACUCAGCGUUUACUCCGCCGUCUACGUCACCAUGUACAUCACGAGUACCAUAAAGACCAAGAGCAGCCGUCUGGCCAAGCCGGUCCUGUGUCUGGGGACGCUCUGCGCCGCCUUCCUCACCGGCCUCAACCGCGUGUCCGAGUACCGCAACCACUGCUCCGACGUCAUCGCCGGCUUCAUCCUCGGCAGCUCUGUGGCUCUCUUCCUGGGGAUCUGUGUGGUGAAUAACUUCAAAGGGGUGCACACGACCCCUUCGAAACAGAAGAUGGAGGAUUACCGCGGCAUUCCUCUCAUGACCUUCCCACGCGUCGAGAGCCCUCUGGAGACACUCAGCGCACAGAACCAUUCGGCGUCGAUGACGGAAGUCACAUGACUAAAGGGCCAACAGCACAGAGUGACCUUCGCUUCUCCUCAACACUUCUAGGCACAAAUGUUUUUGUACUGUGUCAUACUGUAUAAAGGACAGUAUUCUGUUGUUCUUAGUUAGAUGCCAAUGUUUUGUACAUUUUGUAUAAGAGAGUGUCGUAGUUUAACCAACCCCCUAAUUAUGUUAUGUUAGCUUUGGACUAUGAUUACUGUACAUGUCCAGGACAUAUGCCUUUUCUUGUCAUGUUUUACAUCACAAAGUACAUAUAUAUAUAUAUACGGUCUAUAUAAUGCCAUUGAAAUGUUGAUGUUGUUUAUGUGGUAUUUGUACAAAGAAUUUAUUUUGUUUCCUUUUUUUUCUGUACAUUUUUGAGAGGUCAUAUUUUGUAUUAUUUUGUUAUUAUCUGUAUAAAAACAUUUGGAUCCGAUUUGCCUGCCGUUAGGGUUGCCAACCCUGUUUUUUUUCAGGAAUGUUUUGGUAUUUCUAUUUUUGGUGUAAAGAAAAACCUGAGUGUGUGUGUGUGUGUGAACACAAACUCUGGAUUGUGACGUUUGUUUGUUUGUUUGUUUGUUUGUUUGUUUGUUUCCCUCAGCAUGGAAGUGCAGACCUGUUUGAAUAGCCAGUGACUUCUACCGUGUACAUUGUUCUAUUUUUGUUAAAGUUAGCAUUUCUUUUGGAAUGCUACGUAUAUUUUCCCUGGUUUGUCACCUUAAUAAAUAGUCUGUAGCGGAGUUUA